GAACUUGAAAACAAGUAAAACCUUGGAAAAUGCCGAAAAAAUACUAACUUUUCGUAGCAAGGGACGAUUUGAUCAGCAUAUGAAGGAUGCUCACAAAAGGAAUCUAAUAGGGACGCUAGCAUGUAUUAAAUGCGAUAAUAUUUAUGAAACAAAGAAUGAAUUGGAAGAUCAUUAUGUGAGUGAUCACCUCGGUGUGAUAAGAUACGCCUGUGAAUUUUGUGGGAAUGGAUUCUCCUGGAGGGAAGCAUAUUUUCGGCAUCGUAAAGAGCAGCAUACAACGGAAUACGAAGUUUUGGUCAUUCAAGACAACACCGAUGCAAUAACGUACAAUAAAUUAAACAUAGGAGAUGAUCUCAACGCGAUACUGACCAAUGACACUGUUUGCGAAAGGAGCUGUGUGAUGUGUGUUCAAAUAUUUCCCACGGAAAUCGAGCUUGACCUUCACAUGCAGAACUUUCACUCGGCGCCAGAAAAGUUUUCCUGCAAGCGAUGUUCCAAGAAGUUCACCAUCGGGUCACACUUGGAGCUUCAUAUAGCUGAAAUGCACGUUGGUAAGCCUUGGGUAAGGUGUGAAUUGUGCGAAGACAUCUUCGACUCUAAAAGUAAGUACUGUUUGCACCUCAAAUGGAGACACCCUAAGGAGUACGCUAAAAUUCAAGAGAAGAGCUGUAAUCAACUGUACGAAAUAGACGGCUAUACGAUUGUCGAACGGGUUUCUUUGGAAAAUGAGCUAUCGGUCUUAAGAAACUCAAAUGAAGAACAAGAUGCUGUAACUAUGAGGAUAGAACCCCCCGCAGAAGAACCAAUGGACCACAGUUUUCACGAAAAUGGCACAGUGGAAGUACGAAACACCGAUUCCGAAAGUGCCACUCAUCGGUGCAAGCUCUGUAGAAAGACGUUUAAAUUCAAAAUAAAUCUUUUCAAACAUCUUAGGAGUGAACACCAAGAGACCCGCAAACAUCAAUGCGACGCUUGUGAGAAGAGUUUUUCAACUGCAAGGCAUUUGGAAGAGCACAAAUUUUACACUCAUUACAAAAAGCCCUUGUACCGAUGCACUUUGUGCGGGAAAACAUUUUCUACUAACACUCCAAGCUUUUACCAUCGGAAAAAAUUUCAUCAGGAGGAGCUGGAGCGUGCAGAAAAACCUCUGCCUUCAUACGCAUUUAUUGAAAGGUUGAGAUACUGAGGUUUUCGCUUGAAGGUACUUGAAACUUUCCUUGAAACUGUUUUGAAUAGAUAAUUGUAUACAAGUAGUAUUGAUUUCUGACCCGAACUACAAUUUUUGAUGGGUCUUUAAUAAAUAUUGAUGACGAUAAUAAUAAUAAUUAAUUAUUGAUGGGCUUUGAACAUUUUGCUUCAUCCGUUAUCAAAUUCUAAAGCCAAGAAAAUUAUUCAGUUGUUAUUCUGCGUUGGGCAAAAGUUUUCGACUCACUUAAGUAAAGGCUUUUUACUCAAUCUCUAAACGGAUCUUAAUACAUUGUAAAUCAUUCAAUUGACUGGUGUUUACAUUUAAGAAAAGAAUGUUGCUCUAUAUGUUGUUUUUUAAUUUCAAAAUAAAAAUUUCUAAAAUGGUUGCAGGGGUAACAUUGAUUUUUCGAAAACGCAUUAUUCUAAUACUGUUUCAAAACCAUAGAAAUGAAGUUUAUAGCAGCCUGAUAUAGUGUUUAAAAUAUGAUAGCCAUCGAAAGCUUUUGCCUUGUAGUACGUAGAUUCGCCUUUUACAUUUGUAUUUUCAUUAAAUGGUUAGCAGUAGAAGGAAAACGAAAAUGUUCCGGUCCUUUGAAAAACUCUAUAUUCUUCUGUCAGGUCAUAGACAAUUUUUCUUUAUAUUUUCAAAACAAAUGAUUCAUAUUGAUUUGUCAAAAAACUUUUAUAACAGGCUUCAUUUGACGUUUAAUAUUAAAAAAAACCCGUAAUUUAAUGCUUAUAAUAUUGAUGGUCUUCAAAUCAGUAUAGGAACCAAUACUUUGAAAAACGAAAGUGGAAGCUGUAUUGUAACAUCAGAAGAACAAUGACAACUUCAACAAAAUACUCAAAAAUGUAAGGCUUUAGUAAGUUAACGGCUAGAAAGUAAGAA